AUGACUUUUCAGGAUCUCCAUCGUGAAUUCCAGAGAUGUCGCGACAACAACGAUCUUCGGCUUGAUCUCAGUUCCAAUGAUAUCACGUCUAUACCGUCCUCGAUCAGGGAUCUUACACAGUUGACUGAACUGUUUUUGUAUAAAAACAAGCUUACCCAAUUACCGUCGGAAUUGGGAAAUUUGGUUUCUCUGCGAAAAUUAGGCUUGAGUGAAAAUGCUCUUUGCUCAUUACCCGACUCACUUGCUUCUCUUACGCAGUUAGAAACCUUAGAUCUACGACAUAACAAGCUUACAGAGAUACCUUCCGUAAUUUAUCGGAUCACCUCUCUCGAAACACUUUGGUUGCGGUACAAUAGGAUCACGUCGAUUGGAGAGGAAAUUGGAAAUCUGUCCAAGCUUAAGAUGAUUGAUUUGCGUGAAAACAAAAUCCACAGCUUACCGGCAUCGAUUGGUAAAAUCCACUCCUUGGUUGUCUGCCUUCUAAGCUACAAUCACUUAUCAAAAAUCCCGGAUGAACUAGGACUUUGCAUCAGUUUGACUCAACUUGAUCUGCAACAUAAUGAUCUAGCAGAAUUGCCUGAAACAAUGGGAAAGCUGACGAAUCUCGUUCGACUAGGUAUCAGGUGUGUUUUCUUCUUUUAUUGA